CACCGACCGUCUGAGUCCAGCCUUAUUCGAGGUGCUCACCAGAGGAGACGGUGCACCCUGGGAGGAGAGACGCUGGACUGAGAACUCGGGAUUUGUCCUCCUGUCGGUGUCGGUGAGGAGAGGAGAGGGAAGGAGAGGAGAGGAGAGAGGGGGAUCUUCAGUGCUGGAACCACCAGCUGCCUUUCUUCUGUCGGGGCUGCGGUAAAGUCGUUCACGAUGCCGGUGUUUCACACCAAGACCAUUGAGAGUAUCCUGGAGCCGGUGGCCCAGCAGAUCUCCCACCUGGUCAUCAUGCACGAGGAGGGGGAGGUGGACGGUAAAGCCAUCCCGGAUCUGACAGUGCCGGUGGCCGCGGUGCAGGCGGCGGUCAGCAACCUUGUACGGGUGGGGAAGGAGACGGUUCAAACCACCGAGGACCAGGUGAUGAAGAGAGACAUGCCUCCUGCUUUCAUCAAGGUGGAGAACUCGAGCUCUAAGCUGGUCCAGGCGGCUCAGAUGCUAAAGGCCGAUCCCUACUCUGUGCCCGCUCGAGAUUACCUGAUCGAUGGAUCCAGAGGGAUCCUGUCCGGGACGUCAGACCUGCUCCUUACCUUUGAUGAAGCAGAGGUGCGUAAGAUCAUUCGGGUGUGUAAAGGGAUCCUAGAGUAUCUAACAGUAGCUGAGGUGGUGGAGACCAUGGAGGACCUCAUCACUUACACCAAGAACCUGGGGCCAGGGAUGACCAAAAUGUCAAAGAUGAUUGAGGAGAGGCAGCAGGAGCUGACGCACCAAGAACACAGACAGAUGCUCGUCAACUCCAUGGGCACUGUCAAAGAGCUGCUGCCGGUUCUAAUAUCAGCUAUUAAGAUUUUUGUAUCAACUAAGACCAGUCGCGGUGCCGGUGUUGAAGAGGCAGAGAUGAACCGGAGAUUUACCUUUGAAAAGAUGAGCGCUGAAAUCCACGAGAUCAUAAGAGUCUUACAGCUCACUACAUGGGAUGAAGACGCCUGGGCCAAUAAGAAGGAUAUGGAGGCUUUGAAGAGAUAUUUGGCUUUGAUUGAGUCAAAGAUGGCACAAGCUAAAGGCUGGCUCAAAGACCCCCAUGGACAACCAGGAGACCCCGGUGAGGUCGCCCUGCAUGUGAUUCUGGAUGAAGCUGGCAAGGUGGGAGAGCUUUGUGCCGGAAAGGAGAGGAAAGAUAUACUGGCAACCAGUAAGGCUCUGGGACAAAUGAGUGACCAGGUUGCAGAUCUCCGAGCCAGAGGACAGGGCCCGACCACAGGGUGUGUGCAGCGUGCAGGCCAGUGCUCGCAGGGCUUGGACUUGUUAUUCGGCAAAGUGGACAAUGCUGCUCGUAGACUGGAGGCUCUAAUCAAUGCCAAGCAGUCCAUAGCCAGGAGGCUGGACGCUGCACAGGCCUGGCUGGCUGAUCCUAACGGCGGUCCUGAGGGGGAGGAGAAAAUCAGAGCGCUACUCGCAGAAGCCAAACGCAUCGCCGAUCUCUGUGAAGACCCCAAAGAGAGGGACGACAUCCUGCGCUCCAUCAGCGAGAUCGCAGGCCUCACCGCCAGACUGGUGGAGCUACGCAGACAGGGUAAAGGGGACAGCCCAGAGGCCCGUGCAUUGGCAAAGCAGAUCGGAGCGGCGCUGCUGAACUUGCAGUCCAAAACCAACCGCGCUGUGGCCAACAUGAGACCGGCCAAACCUGAUGUCACCCUGGAGGGCAAGAUGGAGCAGGCCCUCCGCUGGGUGAGCAACCCCGGAGUGGAAGACAGAGGAGUAGAGUGUGAGAUACUACAGUGGAACACAGGUCAGGCAGCGAUCAGAGGGAUGGUGGGUGAAGGAAAGAGGCUGGCAGGAGGCUUGAUAGGCCCGUACCGGCAGGAUAUGAUUGGACGCUGCGACAGAACAGAAGGUCUAAUGACAAAUUUGGCAGACAUGGCUAGCAGGGGCGAGGCUGAGGCUCCGCAUGCACGAGCUACUGCCGCACAACUGCAGGACAGCCUCAAGGACCUGAGGCGGCACAUGCAGGAGGUGAUGACCCAGGAGGUAUCGGACGUUUUCAGUGACACCACCACCCCUAUCAAACUGCUGGCUGUGGCAGCAACCGCUCCCCCUGAGGCCCCUAACAGAGAGGAGGUUUUUGAAGAGCGUGCAGGGAACUUUGAGGCCCAUGCAGGCCGUCUGGGGGCGACCGCAGAGAAGGCUGCUGCCGUGGGAUCAGCCAAUAAGAGUACAGUAGAGGGGAUACAUGCUGCUGUGAAACAUGCCAGGGAUCUCACACCACAGGUGACAACGGCUGCUGUGAUCUUGUUGAAAAAUCCUGGGAAUAAAGCCGCAUACGAGCACUUUGACACCAUGAAGAAUCAGUGGAUUGACAAUGUAGAGAAACUCACUGGUCUGGUUGACGAGGCCAUCGACACCAAAUCUCUGCUGGAUGCUUCUGAGGAGGCUAUAAAGAAAGACAUCGACAAGUGCCGAGUUGCCAUGGCGAAUGUUCAGCCCCAAAUGCUUGUUGCCGGGGCAACAAGCAUAGCAAGACGAGCCAAUCGGGUCCUGUUGGUGGCUAAGAGGGAAGUGGAAAACUCUGAGGAUCCGCGGUUCAGAGACACGGUGAAAAACGCAUCAGACAUCCUCUCACACACUAUCUCUCCCAUGGUGAUGGAUGCUAAAGCCGUGGCUGGGAACAUACAAGAUAAAGCUCUGCAAAAGGCCUAUUUGGACUCUUGUCUGAGGAUCCUGGCUGCAGUCGGAAAAGUUAGAGAAGCCUUCCAACCUCAGGAGCCCGACUUCCCUCCUCCCCCACCUGACCUGGACCAGCUCCAUGUGAGUGAUGAGCAGGCGCCACCUAAGCCGCCCUUGCCAGAGGGCGAAGUGCCCCCCCCUCGGCCCCCGCCUCCGGAGGAGAAGGACGAGGAGUUCCCAGAGCAAAAGGUUGGGGAGGUGCUCAGCGAGCCCAUGAUGGUGGCCGCCCGGCAGCUGCACGACGAGGCCCGCAAGUGGUCCAGCAAGCCUGUGGAGGAGGAGGCAGUAGAGGAGAGAGAGGUUUAUGAUGAAGAUGAGUUUACUGAUGGUGAGGAUGACUAUGAGCCAGAACUGCUGAUGAUGCCCUCCAACCAGCCUGUCAAUCAACCCAUGCUGGCAGCUGCCCAGGCUCUCCACCAGAUGGCGCGCAAGUGGUCCAGCAAGGGUAACGACAUCAUCGGUGCAGCCAAGCGGAUGGCUCUGCUAAUGGCAGAAAUGUCUCGGCUGGUGCGUGGUGGAAGUGGGAACAAACGAGCGCUGAUUCAGUGUGCUAAGGACAUCGCCAAGGCGUCCGAUGAGGUGACGAGACUGGCUAAGGAAGUGGCCAAGCAGUGCACUGACAGACGCAUCAGAACCAACCUGCUGCAGGUGUGUGAACGAAUCCCUACCAUCAGCACUCAGCUGAAGAUCCUCUCUACUGUCAAAGCCACCAUGCUGGGACGAACAAACAUUAGUGAAGAUGAGUCAGAGCAGGCCACAGACAUGUUGGUGCACAACGCACAGAAUCUGAUGCAGUCGGUGAAGGAGACGGUCAGAGAAGCAGAAGCAGCCUCCAUCAAGAUCCGCACAGAUUCAGGAUGCACCCUUCGCUGGGUGCGCAAGACCCCCUGGUACCAAUAAUCCAACCUGCUCACUGAAACUGUCAAACUUAGCUCUGAUAGCACACCUCGGGUAAAGGUAGCAAUACUCAUCAUGAGUAAACGUGCACUUAUUCAAAGAGGAAACUGAUGAUAGGUACCAUGCAGGUUUAUUAAAUCGAGUUCAGCUUUGCUCUCCAGCUCUCUUUAUCUGUAACUAUGGAAUCACGUAGGCUUAUCUGUGACAGUUUAUAAUAUAUAUUUUUGGUAUGUUGUGUUACAAGAGUAGGUAUAUAUUUUUUUUGCAUGGACAUUUUUCUAUUUUCUAAAGGCAAAUUAUGACAUUUAAGAUACUGAUCUACUAGAAGACAUUUACUUUUAAUUCAGUUCUUUCAGUGAGAGUUUCUUAUUGUCUAUUGUACAUACAGUCAUUAUUUGUUUAAUGGACACUCAGCUAGGAGCUUUAUACACUGAGUUUGACUCUAAAGUGUGGAGUCUUGUGUUGGCCGCUGAGCUCUCCUCUCUUCAUGUUUACGUUAAUAACACUGUUGUUAACUCAAGAAUAAUUCAAAGGGGAAACAUCAUUACUGCUGUCCGGUGAUUUUUAUACUUGAAGAACUAAAAAGGUCUUCUGGAUUAAAUUGUUAGGACUUAUAGGCAAAUGAUACAGUUUCGAAAAAUGAUUGUAUAUUUUAAAAAAUGUAUGGUUGUCAAUAACUAAUGUUGAUUACAGGAAGGUUUGUACUCAGUUGAUAAGAGGUUGUCACAUGAUAUUUGCUGCAUGAAUGUCAGUAAGGGGAAGGAAGAGGUGAGUUGAGAUGUUUUUAAUGUGUGUUUGAGUUCUUUGUUUAACCUUUAUUCAACUUUAACAGUGAAUAAUUCCAAAGGAUUUGUUUUACAUGACUGUAAGCUUCAUAUAAUCUAUUGCAAUUCAGGUUCUUGCAAAUAUCAAAACAGAACUUUUUCUUAUGAGGUACUUUUUGAGGUCUGUUAUUUUUUCUUAGCAAAAGAAAAAGAGUAUUUUCUUUUUUUUUUAAACAAAUUGUGGUGCUUUGUUUCUUUACUCUCUCUGUAACAGUUGAACUGUUUGGGUACUUUAUUCAAAAUUCAAAUAUCAAUACAAGUCAUUUUAAAAGCCAUCAACCUCCUGCAUUUAGAUUUCCACUCUCCAUGUGUGAGCUCAGUAGUCCCAUCCUAAAUGCUCUGAAGCAUAAUCUUCACACAGACUUAACCCCGGUGGUUUAAGAACAAAAAACGUUAUAUUUGAUUAUCAGGCAGUGAUGCCAGUGUUUUUUAUUUGUUGUAGGUUUUUGUCUGGAAUAAUUACACAGCAGACUAUUGAUUUAUGAUUGGUAACUCAAUAUUAAACGCAAUCUGAUUAAUGAAUACAUACAUUUCAUUUGCAACAGUCAUUCAUCAAGUUUUAUUGCACAAUUUUACAAUGGCUGGGUAAAUUCAACUAUUAAAUGGAGAAUCUGUAUGCGUGUGUAUGAGUGAAGCCUCUUCACUUUAUCAGUAUUAGUAAGCCGCCCCCGUGAUGGUUAGUCAGGGCUCUACAUGUUAACCACAUUUUCCUCUUUAUUUGGUGCUACUGAGCAUGUAGCAGUCACUGAUUCACAACGGGGUGAACUUCUGUGUGUACCUGAUGUCUUUACACCCUGAAUGUACUCUGAUAGCUUGUCGCCCUGCCAACACAUCUGCUGUGCCUUGGAAGAAUAAAAGACUAAUAAUGAUUAA